AACUUCCCUCACCUCCUCCACACCCCUCUCUCUCCCCCAAUAACAACCACCACCACCACCACCAACCUACCACAACCACCCAAAAUGCCCCCCCGCCCAGCACCCUUAACCCUCAUAGUCGCCACGACCCCAAUCCCCACAACCCCUACACCCUCAACCACAACCACCACCACGACCCCGGGCCGCACCAAUGCCCCCGUCCGCCUCGGCAUCGGGUUGAACGGCACCCUCCCCUGGCCGCGCAUCAAAACCGACAUGACCUUCUUCGCGCGCACCACCUCGCGCCCACCCACCUCUGCAUCGGCCAGCAGCACGAACGCCAUCCUCAUGGGCCGCAAAACCUACGACUCGAUCCCGGCCGCCCUCCGCCCGCUCGGCAAACGCAUCAACGCCGUGAUCACGCGGUCCGUCGACGACGUCGCGCGCCGCGUGCAGCAGGAUCUUGACGCAAAACGGCGGAAGGACGAGGAGAAGUUGCGCGCGGCCACACAGGGGCAGGGGCAGGGGCAAACGGAAACACCGCAAGGGCCGCAGACCGACGCGAUCGUGUGCGCGGGGUUGGAGGAGUCCCUCACAACCCUGGAGGCGAGGUACGGGGCGGAGGACCGGCUGGGCCGGUUGUUUGUGAUUGGCGGGGCGGAGAUCUAUGGGGCGGCGCUGCGGGUGACGACGCGCGGGGUGCGGAUUGUGAUGACGUUUGUCGAGAAGGUGGCGUUCCAGGAGGAUCGUGGGCAGGUGUUUGAGUGUGAUACUUUUUUCCCGCUGGAUGAGGAGCUACUCCAAGAAAAGGGGUGGCGGAGGGUGAGUGCACGCGAGGUGUCGGAGUGGAUUGGGGAGACGGUGACGGAUGAGUGGAUUGUGGAGGGGGAGGUGAGGGUCAGGAUGGUGGGGUAUGAGCGCGUGGAUUGAUCAUAGAUCCGUCCUACGGGGGAAUGAGGGGAAGUCACAAUGUACAGUCUGUAUGCAAGAUACCGCAACAAAAAACAAUUCAUAACACGUAUUCACCAGAAGGCAAGCUACUCGUUCUGCUUCAUAUACUUCACAAAGGCUUUCUUGUGUACCAGGCCGGCAUAGUGUCCAUCGUGCAGAACACACAGAUACCGCAGGCCCAGCUUCGCGAAGCAUUGAUACACAAGAUCAAUCGGGGAAUGGAUAUCCAGGGACAUCGGGGACUGAAAGGAUUAGCUUCGUUUCAUGCAGUGAGAUCACCCGACUUACAAAAUCAAUGUAUUGAGUAAAGUCCACCCAGUCG